AUGUCCGGCGCAAGACAUUGGGAGCAAGACAAAGAGGCUACCGUCUACAUUGGGAACCUCGAUGAACGUGUCACGGAUAGCCUGGUAUGGGAGCUAAUGCUUCAAGCCGGGCGCAUCGUUAACGUUCAUCUGCCCAAAGAUCGAGUCACGCAGUCACACCAGGGCUAUGGAUUUGUGGAAUUAAUCAGUGAAGAGGAUGCCGAGUAUGCAUCGCGGAUUAUGAAUGGUAUUCGCCUGUACGGAAAGCCCAUACGCGUGAACAAGGCCUCUGCCGACAAGCAGAAGGCCGUGGAAAUCGGUGCAGAGCUGUUCGUCGGCAACCUCGACCCAAUGGUGACAGAGCAGGUUCUCUAUGAUACAUUCAGCCGUUUCGGGAACUUGAUCACUCUUCCAAAGAUCGCACGGGAUGACAAUAAUCUUUCGAAGGGCUAUGGAUUUGUGUCGUUCGCCGACUUCGAAUCAUCAGACGCCGCCAUAGCCAGCAUGAACGGCCAGUACCUGAUGAACAAACAGGUUUCAGUCCAGUAUGCGUAUAAGAAGGACGGCAAGGGCGAGCGGCACGGUGACCAGGCAGAGCGGAUGCUAGCGGCACAGGCUCGCAAGCACAAUGUGCGUCCGGUGACUCAGCCGCUCCCAGCGCAAUUCUCUGGACCUGGAGCUCCUAUGAUAUCAGCGGGCGUGGCCAAUGGUGACAACUCUCGACCUGUGGGCACUGGCCCACCAGAUCUAGGUAUUAGCAGGGGCGUGCCGCUCCCGAAUCCUGGUUAUCAGAAUACGCCGCCUCAGCCAAAUCGACCAAUUCAUCCCCCGACAUCUUUAGCCACCCCGCCGCCGGGUCUACCAGCACGUCCGCCUCCUUCGCAAGCUGGUUACGGGGGGCCGCAAGCUUUCCUUCCCACCGGCUACAAUGGCGCCGGUCAACAGCCACCUUACCCUGUCCAAGCAGCACCUCCACCAGGUUUUGCACAGCCGGGUUACGGCCCUGCUACGGGAACCCCUGGGCCUCAGCCUCCUUUGCCCCCAGGCUUUCAACAACCAGGUUUUGGGCGGGGUCGUUGA